CCCCGCUUCCCAUAAUGCACCGCUGUCGUCAAAAUAACAUUUCGCCAUUUCAGGUUAGGGGGAGCUACUGUAACUCGCCAAAGAAUUAGGUCAGCAGAGCGGAGGUGGAAGUGUCUGUAUCGAAAACGUUUCUACUUCGUUUUUCUAUCUUCAGACGGUUUGGUGGUUGUGUUCCGAUGCGUGUGGUCUGGCUGGUGCGAAUGCGUUUUUGCUGCGUAGGUCCGGGUUGAAGUGUAAAGUCGCUGUUCGGAUUUUCCUGCUAACGGCUAGCUGGGUCGCCGUGUGUGUAAACAACGAGAAUGAAGCGGACAAACGGAGCAGAGGAAGGCAGCAAAGGCUGCUCCAGUGAAAGUCCCCCCGAGGCUUGCAAGAAGGUGAGGAAGCAAAUGAGCGAGGAGCCAGGUCCGGCGGCGGCCGGCGACUCACCGGACUGCGACUGGUCAGCGCUGCCCCAGGAGCUCCUGCUGCACAUCUUCCAGUACCUCCCGCUGCUGGACCGGGCUUACGCCUCGCAGGUGUGCCGCGGCUGGAACGACGCUUUCCACAUGCCGGAGCUGUGGCGGUGCUUUGAGUUCGAGCUCAAUCAGCCGGCCAGCUCCUACUUGAAAGCCACGCAUCCCGACCUCAUCAAGCAGAUUAUAAAAAGGCACUCCAACCACCUGCAGUAUGUCAGCUUUAAGGUGGACAGCAGCACGGAGUCAGCAGAAGCAGCAUGUGACAUUCUGUCACAGUUGGUGAAUUGCUCGCUGAAGACCUUGGGGCUCAUCUCCACAGCCAGGCCAAGUUUUAUGGAGGUUCCGAAGUCUCACUUCAUCUCGGCUCUGACGGUGGUGUUCGUCAACUCAAAAUCGCUUUCCUCGCUGAAGAUCGACGACACGCCGGUUGACGAUCCGUCCCUGAAGGUGCUGGUGGCCAACAACAGCGACACCCUGAAGCUGCUGAAGAUGAGCAGCUGCCCCCACGUCUCCCCCGCAGGGAUCCUGUGCGUGGCGGACCAGUGCCACGGGCUGAGGGAGCUGGCGCUGAACUACCACCUGCUCAGCGACGAGCUCCUGCUGGCGCUGUCCUCGGAGAAGCACGUCCACCUGGAGCACCUGCGCAUCGACGUGGUGAGCGAGAACCCGGGCCAGCACUUCCACGCCAUCAAGAAGAGCAGCUGGGACGCCAUGGUGCGCCACUCGCCCAAGUUCAACCUGGUCAUGUACUUCUUCCUCUACGAGGACGAGUUCGGCCCCUUCUUCAACGAGGAGAUCCCCGUCACGCACCUCUACUUCGGCCGCUCGGUCAGCAAGGAGGUGCUGGGCCGCGUGGGCCUGCACUGCCCCCGGCUGGUGGAGCUGGUGGUGUGCGCCAACGGCCUGCGCCCGCUGGACGAGGAGCUGAUCCGCAUCGCCAAGCACUGCACCCAGCUGUCGGCCAUCGGCCUGGGCGAGUGCGAGGUGUCCUGCAGCGCCUUCGUGGAGUUCGUGAAGAUGUGCGGCCGGCGGCUCUCGCAGCUCUCCAUCAUGGAGGAGGUGCUCAUCCCGGACCACAAGUACUCCCUGGACGAAAUCCACUGGGAGGUGUCCAAGCACCUGGGCAGAGUCUGGUUCCCGGACAUGAUGCCCACCUGGUAGAGGCCGGCCAGGGGCCGCAGGGCGGGCAGCCCCCCCCCCAGGUCUGCGCUGCCAGGGAUUCCCGUCCAACACGCUCAUCUGCGGGGAAAUAAAGCUCUGAGCUCCCGUGGGAAGCGAGGGGCGGGGAUACGACGCCUUCACACAGAACCUCCACAGUCUCUGCUCCAUCUCAUCUUCAGUCAAAGGGUCCGCGAGCCCCCGCCUCCCCACAUCUGAGCGUUUGGGAAUAAGCCGGCUUUUUCCAGCAGCUGUGUCUGCACCGUCUCAGCUUUUAUUGGGUUUUGAUUUGACUCCUCUCUCGGUAGACAGCGGGGGGAAUUAGCCGGGUGCCCAGUGGCACCUUGCUCCGCCGCCACUCGGCCUGCUUUCCACGCUCCGAGGUGGGAGAUCCGCGUUCUGUGACACCAUCUGGCCGUCUGGCUGUGGAGGAGCGGCAGGGACCCACACCUGCAUUUACAACCACAGGGCCGCAGAUAAACUGGGAGAGAAGCAGAGAUUUGUAUAUAGGUCUCUAAAUCUGUGAUGUGAAGGUAGAUGGUGUCAUUCAGAUCCCUCCCCCCGCAUCACACAUUCUGUAUAUUCGCUUUUUUUUGUAUUGAUAAAAGGUUUAUGUACAGUUAAAGAUGUCCUACGCACCUUACAUUUAAACCAAAUGAUAGUCAGAACAAACCCAGUCCUAACCGCCAAGACUCGUGAUCUUUUCUGUUUUGUUUUUUUGUUGCUUUUUUUGUUUUUGUACUGGGUCCUUGUGGAAUUGCACAUGAAGAAAUGUGUAUUGAAGUAAUAAAUCUGUUAUAAGUAAGAAGAAAACAAUCAAUUAUUGUAUGUAAAUAGUGCAGAGUGAGUUGGGGGGUGCACGCUAAUUGUGCGUCCACACCGGGGACAUAGAACUCAUCCUUUUGUCUCUCAGGUGUUUUGAGUAAAUCUAGUUCCGAUUUGCGUUUCAUUUGCGUCUUCUGUUAUUUGCCCGCUGAAGCUCUUAAAGAAGCUCCCCCCACACCCGCUCUUGCAUUUCAGUCAGACGAGUGGAACUUACUGUUUUGUUUUGUUUUUCCUUAAGAAGGAAGUCAAAUGCAUCUGUAUAUAAAAAAAAAGAAAACGCUGUGUGUUUGGAUCAUUAUGAGUAGAAAUGUACUUAUUUCUUUAUUUCCCCCUCUGUCGGGGGUCCAUGUCUGUUUUAACCAACGGUCUGUUCUAAAAACCAGAGUGGGACUUCGUUUUUCUUUUAGCCGGCGGAGACGUUCGGCUGAUUAACUUAUUGAUGCGGUAAUUACUUUUGGGAUGAAUUUAUGCUUUUUAAUUAAAUAAAGAAUUGUGGCUUUGUUGCACACAGGUGGCCCAAAGAGCCUCCCACAGAUUUUUGAACUUUUUUGAAAAGAGGCCGAUACUAGUUUUUUUUUAUUUUGUUUGAGAAUGUCUUCAGAGGACAAACUUCAGGGUAACGCUAUGUAUUUUUUUGUAUUAGUUGGUUUGAUUGUAAGAAAUAAUUCUAUUUUCUCCUAAUUUGAUUUCAAGUUGAUCUGAAACUAAGACAUUUCAUGAGAUGUUCAGUGAAUCUGUUCAUGUUGUCAAAAUCGUAAAAGAUCAAAUAUGUUCAUGUUGAUAGUACAGUAACAUAUCGCCCUGAUUUUUUUUCUCUGAAUUUGCACGGUGGCUCCAAAAUGAAUUCGCUGUAGUUAUUUUCACAGAUAAAUCGAUGUUUGAUUUUUUUUCCGCCUCAAUUUAUUUUUUUCUGUAUUAUUUUUUUUUGUACAGCCACACGGCUCCACUUCAUAAAAUGCACGUCAGAAGGGAAGAUCGCUCACCUUCCCUUUUUUAGAAAUAUGCUUGUCAGUAAUUGUUUUAAUCUCCUACUGUUUAGAGGGUUUUUUUGUGGGUUAUCUGGUGCUGAUGAUGCUGUCCUUUUCUUUAGUGUAGCCUCUGUAUGACCAGGAAAAAAAGAAAAAGAUAAGAAGCUUCAUCCAUUCUGCUUUGUCUUUAAAUUAAGUGAUUGUUUUUGGACAUUUGAUCUUAUACUAAAAUUAAAAAAUUGUGAAUGUA